UCGCCCUGUUGUUUCAUUGCGUUAUUUAUUUAUUCGUUUUUAACUAUUUUCGCCACUGAUUUUUCACACAAUACUAUUUCUUAAAAACAUAUUCUGAACGACAACCACAAGCAGCAGACGUAGCAGCAAAUCAAGUUGAACAAACUAUAACAACAACAACGAAGCGACAACAACAAAAGAAGAAGAAGAAGAAGAUUAAAAUCUACAACGACAACAAAUUAGCACGAAACUUUCUAUCGACUUUAACAACUUUAAACCAAAAAACUAAUAACAAACAACUAAUCUACAACUGACGCUGCCUUUUCAACUAAUUUCGAUUUAAGUGGCUUUGACAACUUGUACAACUAAUACACUAAGUUUAAGCAAACGAUUAGUACUAGGAACCACAACUAUAACAAAACGAAGACGAGGAAGAGGACGAGGACGACGCAAAAAUGUCCACAUUAUCGCUGCGUAUACAGCUGGAAGGUGGUCGUGUGACCAAGACCAUACAAUUUCAACCAAACACAACAGUGUUUGAUGCUUGCAAAAUAAUACGCGAUAAAUUUGCUGAAGCUGUGCAAGGACAACCUAGCGAAUAUGGCCUGUUUAUAUCCGAUGAGCAGAAUCAGCAAGGCGUCUGGCUAGAAGCAGGUCGCACCUUGGGCUACUAUAUACUGCAUAAUCAGGACACGCUCGAGUACAGAAGAAAGCUCCGCACGUUGCGUGUGCGCAUGUUAGAUGGCGCUGUCAAGACCAUAUUGGUCGACGAUUCACAACCUGUAUCGCAGCUCAUGGUGGUCAUAUGCACAAAGAUUGGCAUAACCAACCAUGAGGAGUAUGGUCUGGUGCGUGAGGAUAACGAGGCGCAGAAUGAGAAUUUGCCAGAUAAUAAAUUCGGCACACUGACGCUAAAGCGCAAAUUCACCGAAAAAGAUCGCGAUGCCAAGAUGGAAAGUUUGCGCAAAAAACUCAAGACCGAUGAUGAGAUGAAUUGGGUGGAUGUGGGUCGCACUUUGCGCGAACAGGGCAUUGAUGAGUCCGAGACGGUUCUGCUGCGUCGUCGCUUCUUCUUUUCGGAUCAGAAUAUUGAUUCACGUGAUCCAGUGCAGCUGAAUCUCCUUUAUGUGCAGGCCAGAGAUGCCAUUUUAGAUGGCACACAUCCUGUUACCCAAGAUAAAGCUUGUGAAUUCGCUGGCAUACAAGUGCAUAUACAGUUUGGUCCCCAUAAUGAAUUGAAGCACAAACCGGGAUUUUUGGACUUAAAGGACUUCUUGCCGCAGUCCUAUGUGCGUGUCAAGAGCAUUGAAAAGAAAAUCUUUGCCGAGCAUCGUCGACAUGUGGAUCUAUCUGAAAUUGAUGCCAAGGUUCUUUACACCAAAACCGCGCGUGAGUUGCCCACCUAUGGUGUAACCUUCUUCUUGGUCAAGGAGAAAAUGAACGGCAAGAACAAGCUGGUGCCGCGUCUUUUGGGUGUUACAAAAGACUCUGUUCUGCGCUUGGAUGAACGCACUAAGGAGAUUUUGAUCUCUUGGCCGUUGACAACUGUGCGUCGCUGGGGUGCAUCGCCCAAUACGUUUACAUUGGAUUUUGGCGAUUAUGCAAAUCAAUAUUAUUCAGUGCAGACUACUGAAGCGGAGCAGAUUGUGCAGCUUAUUGCGGGCUACAUAGAUAUUAUACUAAAGAAGAAACAGACCAAGGAUCAUUUUGGCAUUGAGGGUGAUGAGGGCUCUACCAUGGUGGAGGAGUCAGUAGCGCCGUCCAAAGCAACUUUCUUGCAACACGAAACCAAUCGCGUGGAGAAACUUAAUCUGGAGAGUUUGGCGCAUCCGGGCAUUAUGCGGCCGUAUGAUGGUGAACGCACCUUUACUCAAAAUGAAGUGCAGACCGUGCAGUAUGGCGCCUUUGUGGGUCAAGUGAACCACGCCCACCAACCGCCUACGACUAAGGAAGUACGCAUUAGUUCUGUGAAUCUCACAGAGCCGCAGCGUGCGCUGCUCAGUUACAUAUCCGCUGGACAGGAUGUCUUAAUACGCGCUGACGAGGAGCUGCGCACCAAGGCACCCAUACAAGAGCUGGGCAGCGAUAUGCGUUCCAUAGAAUGGCGAGAAAACACAUUGGACACCUCGAAGCAAGCAGUGAGCUCCCAUGUGGCCACCAUGAGUGCCGCAACAGCACAAAUCAUCACCGCAUCCCAGCCCGAUGAGGUGGAUACGGAAGCCAUCUCCGCCUCUGUAUCACAAAUAGCACAGACUAUACCCGAGGUAACCAAGGAAGUGCGUUUAAUAGCAGCGCUUAUGGAGAACGACACCAGUGGCGAUCAAUUGCUGGAGGCAGCGCGCAAUCUCUGCAACGCUUUCAGCGAUCUGCUCAAGGCAGCCGAGCCAGAAAGCAAGGAGCCACCGCAGCAUUUGAUAAAUGCCGCCAGUCGUGUGGGUGAAGCUACCACCCAUGUGCUGAGCACCAUUGCCGAGGAGGAAGCGCCCGAGAAUCGAGAACUGCACGAUAUGCUCUUGGCCCUGGCCAAGGCUGUGGCCAAUACCACAGCUGCUCUGGUGCUGCGUGCCAAGAACAUAGCCGCCAGUUGUGAGGACGAUGAGGCCAGAAAUAGAGUCAUAGGCGCUGCUAGUCAAUGCGCCCUAGCCACCAGUCAGCUGGUGGCGUGUGCCAAGGUUGUGGCGCCCACUUUGCAUAAUGCAGCGUGUCGGGAGCAGCUGGAGGCGGCCACCAGGAACGUGGCACGUGCUGUUAAUGCGCUGUGCGAGGUCUGCAACGAAGCUACCACAGAUCAGCAGCUGAAGGGCGAACUGGUGGCAGCGGCGCGUGAGGUGUCCAAUAGCCUGAAGGAGCUGCUGGAGCACGUCAAGCUGCGCUCGCGUGAACACGCCAAUCGCACAAGCCAAGAGCUUAGUCCCGUAGAGAAUGUCAUCAUUGGCACAGACAUUCUGGUGUCCACCAACGAUCCUCAGGAGAUGGUGCGUCAUGCGCGCACCUUGGGUCAGACCACAGCACAGCUGAUCCAAAGCAUCAAAGGCGAAGCCGAUGAGCAGCAGGAUGCGGAUAUGCAGCGACGCUUGCUCUCAGCAGCCAAGCAGCUCGCCGAUGCCACUGCCAAGCUGGUGGAGGCGGCGCGGUUGUGCUCCUCGCAUCCACAUGACUCGGACAAACAGAAUGCGCUACGUCGGGCAGCGGAGGAGCUGCGCGAGAUUACCACCACCACGGCCAAUACGCCAGCGAUGAAGCGUGGACUCAUACAGCGAUUGGAGUUCUGUGCCAAGCAAGCGGCCUCUGCUGCGACGCAGUGCAUCUCGGCAGCUCAGAAUGCUGUGCACCACAGUCAGGACCAUCAGAACAAGGAGCAGCUGCUGCAGGACUGCAAACGCGUAGCAGACACUAUACCCAGGCUGGUGACCUCACUCAAGACCACACGUGCGCAGCCCGACGAUGCACAUGCUCAGCUGAAUCUCAUAGAGGCGGCAGAGCAGUUCCUGGAGCCAGCCCUGCAAGUGUCUAAAUCUUCGCGUGCCCUGCAGCCCACAGUCACUGAUAUACCAGCGGCAGCGCAGCUGUCCAAGAGCGCGCUGCUCCUGGGUCAAAGUGUAUCGGAGCUGCAUUCGGUGGCUCAGCGUGCCCGCGAUGCCUGCGGUGGUCAGGAGCUGGAGUCUGCGUUGGAAGCAGUGCGCAAGCUGCAUCAUGUGCUGGACGAUACCAGGCAGGCAGCGCUGGCAGGACAACUGCGUCCGCUGCCCGGCGAGACUGUGGAGAAUACAGCGGAUGAGCUGCGUCGCUCGGCCAAGAAUGUGGGCAUAGCCCUGAGUCAACUAUUGAGCUCGGUGCUGCAAGGACAACGCAGCUAUGCUGGCGCGGCAGGACGUGACACUGCCCUGGCCUUGGGAGAGUUCACCAAGAGCGUCCACGGCGUGGCAGCCACGACACAAAACGCCGCCAUAAUUGACUGUGCGGAUGAUGUGGUGAAUGCUUCAGCGGAGCUCAUAGAGCAGGCCCAGCGCACGCUGCAAGGAGUGCAGGACACGCAGGCUUUGACGCAGGCAGGACGCGAGGUGACCAGCGCCAUAUCACGCACUGUGGACUGCAUUCCAGGACAGCGUGAAGUGGAUGUGGCUCUGCGAAACGUCAGCGAGCUGAGCGAGAUACUCAGCAUGAGCGAAUUCCCGCCCAGCAGUCGUCCCUACGCCACGCUGCAGUCGGAGCUGAAGCAAGUGGCGGAGCAACUCAACACGGCCGGCGGACACAUGGUGCAGGCUUACGCCAGUCCCGCGCAGCUUGCCGAGCGCAGUCAACAGUUCGCAGCCAACUAUAGGGAUUUGCUGUCAGUGAGCAUGGAAAUGGUGGGACAGACCCAAGCUGGAGCAGCCCGUGCGCACCAGAUGAUUGAAUGCCUGCGUCAUGUGUCCACGCAGAGCUGCUCGCUGCUAAGCACCGCCAAGUCCGUGGCGGCUGAUCCAGCGCAGCCCAACGCCAAGAAUUUGUUGCAUGCCGCCGCCAGAGGUGUCACCGAGUCCAUUAAUCAGCUCGUGGAUGCGAGCAUUCAAUCGGCGCCUGGGCAAAAGGAAUGCGACAAUGCCAUGCGCAACAUUGAGGCACUGCGUCUGAUGCUCGACUAUCCGCAUGAGCCGAUCAACGAGCAGGGCUACUUUGAUUGUGUGGAACAGGCCACUGGCAAGUCGAGGAAUCUGGGCUACGCCAUAUCCGAAAUGAUUAACAAUGCCAAGCAAUCGCAGCACGUGGAAUUUGGGCAGGCAGUGAAUCAAGUGAACGAUUCGAUUCAAGGACUCAUGGAGAGCUCCUCGCAGGCGGCCUACCUGAUAGGCGUCUCGCAUCCCAGCAGCGUGGCCGGCAGACCCGGCAUCAUAGAUCAGGCGCAGCUCAACUGGGCCUACCAGGGCAUACGUCAGCACUGUGACAUUGUGGCCAGCCAGCAGGCGGGAAAGCCCCAAAUGAUAUCCGCCCUGACUGUGAUAGCCAAGCACACGAGCUACCUGUGCUCGAUAUGUCGCCAGGCGAGCAUGAACACCAGCAAUCCUGUGGCCAAGAAUGAGUUCAUAGUGCUGGCCAAGCAAGUGGCAACGGCCACCUCGGAUCUGGUGCAGGAUAUUAAGGCUAUUGAGGAGCAACCCCAAGGUGGCAGUCGGGAGCGUUUGGUGGCGCCACUGCUAGAGGCAGUCAAGGCUGUGCGUCAAUAUGCCUCCAGCUCGGAGUUCAGCUCCAUUCCCGCUAAGAUCGGCGCUGAAGGGCGCAAGGCCCAAGAGCCUGUCAUCCAGGCAGGACGUGGUGUUAUCGAUGGUGUCGUCGAAAUGGUCAAGGCAGCCAAAUCCUUGGCCUUGACGCCAGAUAAUCCACCCGUGUGGCAACAGCUGUCCAUGCACUCGACGCCAGUCUCCGAGUCUGUCAAGCGCUUGGUGGACAAUAUCAGAGAUAAGGCACCGGGCCAGGCACAAUGUGAUCAAGUGCUUCACACGCUGGGCACCUGCAUUCGUGAGCUCGACAGCUGUGCCCUGGCGGUCAAUGAGCAAGGCUUGUCCAGACGCAGGGACAACAAUCUGCAUGGCUUCAGUGGACAGACCCUGAACUCUGCCGCCGAACUGCUGGACAAACUGGAAGCCAUACGCCUGGCAGGCAAGAAUAAUGCUGAGCAGCUGGGACAUGCUGUGGGCGAGAUUUCACGCUAUGUCGUGCCCAUGGUCAAUGGCGCCAUCGGCGCCUGCACCCACAUUGUCCACAGUCAGCAGCAAAUGUCGUUGAUCAACCAAACCAAGUCCGUGGUAGAGAGCGCCAUAAGCCUCGUGCAGGCAGCCAAGGACUCGGCGGGCAAUCCACGUGCCACACACGCCCAUCCACGCCUGGAUGAGUCCAUAGAUGGCACCCGGCUGGCCAUCGAAGAACUGCAGCAAACUGUGGAGAAAAUUAAUGCCGAGACAGGCAUUGUCACCGGCCUCAUGGAGCAACUGAACCGCUCCAUCACUCGUCUCACCGACAAGCGGCAGUCGCUGCUCAACGCGAGCUAUGCCGACAGCUUUGUGGACUAUCAGACACGCAUGGUGGCCAGCGCCAAGGAGAUUGCGCGCCUGGGCAAUGAAAUGAGUGCCAAGAGCAGCAUUGAACCUGCGGCCCUGCCACAACUUGCAAUGGACAUGACGCAGCACUACCAGCUGUUGACCCAAGACUCAGUGGGCGCAAGCACCACGACCACCUCACCGGAUGUGGCCAUGCGCAUUCGCAGCACGGUCAUAGAUCUGGGCCGCUCGGUCAGCAACAUGAUACAAACCAGUGCAGGUGGCGCCUCGCCCAACGACGGCAGCGCCCAAAAGGAAAUCGCACGCAAUGCUCGUGAUGUCUCUGAGAAGGUGGCCCAGGUCCUGGCUGCCCUGCAGGCGGGCUCGCGCGGCACUCAAGCCUGCAUCAAUGCGGCCCAAACUGUCUCGGGCAUCAUCGGAGAUCUGGAUACCACCAUUAUGUUUGCCACCGCGGGCACCCUCCAUUCGGAUGGCGAUGGCAGCUUUGCCGAUCAUCGUGAGCACAUUUUACAAACAGCCAAGGCCUUGGUGGAGGACACCAAGGUGCUGGUUACUGGCGCUGCGGGCACACAGGAUCAGCUGGCAAAUGCGGCACAGAAUGCUGUGUCCACCAUAACUCAGCUCGCUGAAGCGGUGAAGCGUGGCGCGUGCUCUUUGGGCUCCUCUCAGCCCGACUCCCAGGUCAUGGUCAUCAACGCAGUCAAGGAUGUGGCUUCUGCCUUGGGUGAUUUGAUCAAUUGCACCAAGUUGGCCUCGGGCAAGCCCAUACAUGAUCCCUCCAUGCAGGAUCUUAAGGAGAGUGCUAGGGUAAUGGUAUUGAAUGUAAGCUCACUGCUAAAGACCGUCAAGGCUGUGGAGGAUGAGCACACGCGUGGUACACGCGCCAUGGAAGCCACCGUGGAGGCCAUUUCCCAAGAGAUUAGAGCCAUGCAGACACCACCGCCAGUUGGCAGCCAACAGGUAGGACCAGAGGACUUGAUACGCGUUACGAUGAACGUCACUGCUGCGACUGCCAAGGCUGUUGCUGCAGGCGCCUCCAACCUGCAGGCGGAUAUUGUUGCGGCUGCCAAUUUGGGACGACGCGCCAUAUCAGAUAUGUUGAUUGUAUGUCGCUCUGUGGCCUGGAACUGCGCGGAGACGGAUGAGCUGCGUGUGCGCACUUUGGAGGCGGGCACAGCGGUGGGUGAAUCCUAUCGUGAGCUCCUCAAUGGGAUCUUGCACAACUGCAGUGCCGACGAUCGCAUGCAUCUGUCCAGACGUGUGGCCAAGUGCGUCACCGAUCUGGUAGCUAUGGCCCGACUGCUGAAGGGUUCGGACUGGAUUGAUCCAGAGGAUCCCACCGUUAUAGCAGAGAAUGAGCUGCUGGGUGCAGCUGCAUCCAUAGAUGCUGCUGCCAAGAAGUUGGCUUCACUGCGUCCACGUAGACAAGCGGAUGUUACGAUUGAACUGGAUGAGAACAUGAAGUUCGAUGAAAUGAUCCUGGAGGCUGCCAAGGGCAUCAUGGCUGCCUCAGCGGCCUUGGUGCGUGCUGCGAAUGCAGCGCAACGCGAGCUCAUUGACCAAGGCAAAGUUGCACGUCGUCCAUUGAACAGCUCUGAAGACGGUCAAUGGUCAGAGGGACUUAUCUCCGCGGCGCGUCUGGUAGCUGCCGCCACGCACAGUUUGGUGGAGGCUGCGCAGAACUUAGUCCGCGGUGUGGGCACUGAGGAGAUGCUUAUCUCCACGGCCAAGCAGGUGGCUGCGUCUACAGCGCAGCUGCUUAUUGCCUGCAAGGUGAAAUCCAACCCCAACUCGGAGGCGGGCAGACGUCUGCAGGCAGCAGGCAAUGCGGUCAUCAAAUCCACAGACAAUUUAGUGCAUGCAGCGCAACAAGGUCUGGAGGCCGAAGAGGAGCAUUCGCUGAAGAUCAAUACGUCAAUGGUGGAUGGCAUGGCGCAGGAGAUCAAUGCACGCUCAGCAGUGCUGCGCAAGGAGAAGGAACUGGAGGAGGCGCGUCAGCGCCUGAAACAUGUGCGUCAAGCACAACGUUAUGCCAAGAAUACGCAAGGCUUUACCACAGAUGAAUCCGAUACGGAGUAUGCCUAUGGCACACUUAACAAGAGCCAAAAUAAUACGCUGGGACGCAGUCCAGCUCCUGCCUUUUAUGGCUCACAGUCUGGAGAGCUGCCCAGCUCGCCCAGCUAUUACUCCGGCGGCAGCGGCACUCAGUCGAAGCAUCAUUAUAACUAUGCCAGCCCACAACCGCAGCACUUCCAUCAUCCUGGGGCGGUGUCACCACCGCCAGCACAUUACAGCGACUUUGACGCAAAGCAGAGCAAAACAACAAUGGAUGACAACAAUAGUGACUUUCCGCCGCCACCACCGCCGCUGUCCACAACAAUUUCUAACAUGCAGACGGCCACAUCGAUGCAUAGCUUCCGCUCGAAUCCUAAACUAACAGCAAACGCGGUGCCGCGCCCCUAUCCUGGAACUCCUGUUGUAGCCAGCAGCAAUGGACAUGCGCCUAUAGUGCCACCACCGCCUCCACAAAAGCCUACAGUGCAGCGUAAUUUGGAAGCCUCUAUACAGGAUCUGCAUGAGAAGACCUAUGGCAAUGCGUAUCCUGGUCAGAACUAUGAGGGUUAUACCUCAAGAUACGAAACGCGCAACUUUGACAAGUCCGCCAACAACAGCAAUGUAAGCGAAGCUUCUCUCGUCAAGCCUUUGGAGUCGAGCUUCUCACAAAUGACGCUCAACACUGAUGGUGGCAAGCUGAGCAUUGUUGACCAGCAAGGCUCGGAGCGUCUAAGCUCUAUGACGCAGCGUGUUAUGGAACGCAAAUCCUUUACUACCACCACAGAAUCGCGUUCGGAGACCAAAACGGAAAAGCAUAGUUUUCGCCUAGAAUGAGCUAGCUGCGCGCUAAAAACUCGUGUUUUGUUUUUGCCAAAAUGUGCUUUUAACAUUUACAUAUAUAAACUAAUACUAAACAUAAUUUAACAUUUAAAUAUUAAUUAUAAUUAGCCACUAGCGAAAAACUGCGUAUAUGUAUACCUUCCCUCCUUACCUUCUACCACACCCUUAAAUAUUUUCUUUGUGUGCUUGUAUAUUUGUUGUCUGCCAAUUUAUUGCCAAACUAAAUCAAUUCUUCAACCCAAACUGUUUACUAAUUAAAACCAUUGCAAUUCAUUAGUGUGCAGCUGAUUACUAAACACAAUUUAAUCCAUAUAUUUGUUGUUCGCAUAAUCUUUGUGUUUUUAGUUCUUAAACAAAUCAAUUUUGUAUGUAAAACUUUUUGUUUCAGCUUGUUUUAUAUAGAACAUACCUUUAAUACGUGUGUAUGUAUGUAUGUCUCUGUGUAAGUUUUUCUUUGUAUAUACGAGUACUUAUGUGAACUGUCGUGUAUACGCCUUUGCAUACAUAUUUUAACUGUGUAUUUUUUGUAAAUUAAUAAAAA